UACGUGGCUGGAGAUCUGCGAAAUCCGGACGAUAAACCGGUGUUUGCUAUGGCUGAUUUCCGAGUUUCUCCAGACGGCUUAACACCGACAGUCGACGAGGAGUCUCCAGCGACAUUGAACGGCAGUGCGGAGGUGGAAGAUACUGAAGAUAUUGAGGCGAAGUGGGGAUUUCCACUGCCUGCUUUGUACAAACUUUCGUUAACUUUUUACAGAGAAAAAGAGGGAAAAGCCUUUCAUCUUUCCUACAAAGACAAAGUACGGUUGGUUGCCUACGUGAGGCAGAUAACCCACGGCAAGUACGACCCAUCAAACUCACCCCCAGUUGGUUAUCUGGACGUUGUCGGUAACGAUAGAAGGAAACAAUGGCAGGACUUGGACGACAUGAGCAAAGAGUCUGCGAUGCUUGAGUUUUGCCGGCAUCUUGACAAGACGUGUACGCAGCUGAAACCUUACGUAGAGGCCCAUAGGAGGGAGAAAGAAGAGCAAGAAAGAAAAAGAAUUGAAGAAGAGGAGAGGAGGAUACGAGAAGAAGAAGAGCGAGAAAGAUUACGUCUUGAGGAGGAACAAAGGAGGAGAGCAGAAGAAGAAUCACAAAGACAAGAACAAGAACGGUUACAAUUUAAAGAGGCAGUAUAUAAGCAAUUAUUACCCCAGUUACAACCAGUCGUAGAACAGCAACAUCCCAACAAUCCCCAGCAGCAACACGUAUUUCUACAGCAGCUGCAAGAGCAUUACUACCAGCAGUACCUGCUGCAGUUACAGCAGCCAGCGAGGAUGGAACAGCAAGGAGACAAUCCUGUCACAGGAAGUAACGGAGAGUCGGCAACUGCCGCGGACCUUGAGCAGGGCCUGACUGAUCUCCAUCUAUCCAGCCAAGCACAAGCUCCUAAUGGAGAUUUGAAUAGGGAUAUAGAUGAAGACGAGGGACCAGACAGAGAAGGGACAGAAAUAGCCAAGCCAACCUGCUGGACUGCAGAAGACAGCAAGGAGUUCAAGGAGAAGCUAGACAAGGACUCUGAGGGCAUGAUCAAGGUGGGGCACGGAGAAACCGUCACGGUACGGGUGCCCACUCACGAGGAGGGCAAAUACAUCUUCUGGGAGUUUGCUACGGACUACUGCGAUAUCGGAUUUGGUUUACACUUUGAGUGGACGGUCGCCCCCAGCAAUGCUAUCAGCGUUCAUGUUAGCGACUCAAGUGAAGAGGAUGAGCUUGAUGAUGAUGAUGAAGAGGACAAACCAGACCCCGAGCGAGGCGCCAAGGAGAAUGGUCCCCCUAUUGACGAGAUUAUACCAAUCUACAGGCGGGACAGUCACCAGUUCAAGUUCUGUGGGAGUCACAAGUACCCAGGUCGCGGCGUCUACCUGCUGAAGUUUGACAACUCCUACUCCCUCUUCCGUGCGAAGAGUCUUUACUACAAAGUCUACUACACACGGGACGAUCCAUCAUAAGAGACGCGAAGGGUUUUGUGGUGUGUAGGUGCCUAGUGAGAGAUCGAUUUGACUUAAAUUGCUUCAUAAACUGGUUAUAUUUAUAAUUGCAACACACACUCGCUGGCCUUGAUAUUGUCAUUAUUCGUACGUGCUGGCUUUCUUGUAGUGAGGUUGCAUUUAGCGUCUGUAUUAAAGACUUUGCUGUCGUCAAGAUUCAACACCUUCCCCCACCCUUGGAUUGAGAACUUGCGGUAAAGGAACUGUAUAUGCACAGAAAUAUAUACAAGCGGUGACUUUAUUUGGUUGAAUGCAAUUUUAAUUUGAGCUUCUAUGCACUGCAAGAAACACUGUGUGAUUCAGCAUCGGUCCUCUUGGAGGUUUUUUUCUCGGAUAGUGCUAUAAAGAUGGAGAAGCAGAUGAAGAAAGAGAUUUCUUGGAGAUGUUAAUGGAAAGACAUAGGAUCAAACAAGUGUGCUUUGUGUGAUCGCGGCAAAAAACAAUGUGUGAUUGUUUACAAAGUCUUUAUAGAUGCUUCGUAGAGCUGUCUGCGUUGUGAUCUAAUGGGAGACUUUUGGAUGGUCCGCCAGUAGUGCGCGUGCUCAGACCUACGCGCGAAAUACUUAACAUGUGCGCUCAGGCUCAGAGCUGCAACAAGGAACAGUUAUGUCUGCUGCCCCCAGCGUCUCAAAAGUCUCCCAUUCUCCUUCCUUCCCUGUGGUUCCCCGACCCUUACUCUUGAACUUUCCUUCCCCCAUCCCUUCAAGUUGAUUGGUGAUUUCCCUCAGUUUGCAUUUAUGCCCUUAGAGCCAGUAAGCUCAUGCAGAGAAUGCGUGACAAGUAAUGAUCAAUGUAAACCUAGAAAAUUGGCAUCUGUAUAUCGCUGUUGUAUGUACUUAUUUAGGUACAUGUUUCCUUCAGGAAAGCCCGGUUCAUACUUCAUGCGAAUGCUAAGUAAGAUUUGAAGUAACAUGGUUGUUACGUUACAAAGGUUUCGCAGCGCAUGUUUCGGUGCUCAAUUGUUUCCAAUUACUCGUUGCGAAUUUGUAACGUCAAAAUUCGUCAUUGGCAGGAAUUGUGAACCAGGCUUAAGGUUGCAUACACCCCCCACCCUUAUCACUUUAUGGGUCUCUGUAAUGCAUAUACAGGCACUGGACAUGUUUGGUGAUUACUAAAAAUGUAUGUUUGCAUAAAAACUUACCUAGCAACAAGCAAUGGAGA